CUUCCUGGCCUAGCUGAGGCGCCCGCUGGAAGGAGAGGCUGGGCAAAGACCCAGGCCACCAUGGCCUCGGCCCUGGGCCCGUCCCGGGUCCCCAAGCCCAAGGGAGUCCAUCCUUCACACUACUACGAGAGCUUUCUAGAGAAAAAGGGGCCCUGUGACCAGGAUUACAAGAAGUUCUGGGCAGGUCUCCAAGGUCUCACCAUCUGUUUCUACAACAGCAAUCGGGACUUCCAGCCCCUGGAGAAGCUAGACCUGAGAACAUUUGUGAAGCUCACAGACGAGGCUCCCCGGGGAAGCUCACGUGACCCUGGCAUUCACCUUAACCUGGUCCUUCGGGAUCAGGAGAUCAAGUUCAAGGUAGAGAGCCUGGAGUCCCGAGAGAUGUGGAAAGGGCUCAUCUUGACCGUGGUGGAGCUCCGUGUCCCCCCCAACCUGACCCUGCUGCCAGGACAUCUGUACAUGAUGGCUGCAGUUCUGGCCAAAGAGGAGGCGCGACGAGCCCUCGAGGUGCCGUCGUGCUUCAUGAAGGUGAGCCGUCUGGAGGCUCAGCUGCUGCUCGAGCGCUACUCCGAGUGCGGGAACCUGCUGCUGCGGCCCAGCGGGGACGGCACGGACGGCGUGUCGGUCACUACACGACAGAUACUCAAUGGGGCACCCGUGGUCCGGCACUACAAGGUGAAGCACGAGGGCUCUAAGUACGUGAUUGACGUGGAGGAUCCGUUCUCCUGCGCCUCGCUGGACGCAGUGGUCAACUAUUUCGUGUCGCACACCAAGAGGGCGCUGGUGCCCUUUCUCCUGGACGAAGACUACGAGAAGGUGUUAGGCUACGUGGAAGCGGACAAAGAGAACGGCGAGAAUUUGUGGGUGGCGCCCUCCGCCCCGGGUCCAGGUCCUACACUCCCUGCAAGUGUCCCCAAGCCACCACCUCCUGUGUCUGUGCCUGUGUCUAGCCAGGACAAGCUGCCGCCACUACCUCCCCUGCCCCCACUACCAAGCCAGGAUGAGAAUUAUGUGACCCCCAUUGGAGACAUCCCAACUGCCGACUAUGAGAAUCAAGAUGUGUCUUCCUCUACUCGGCCAGCCAUCCUGAAGCCCAAGAAGUUAGCAAAGCUUCCCACAAAGCCGCCGAAGCCACCCAUCGUCCCCAAGCCAGAACCCAAAGCCAUCAAUGGUGUCCCAGCCAGGAAGCUGGCAGGCCGCUCACCCCAGGCUGUCUUCCUUGCAACAAGGCUGGGAGAUGUGACAGCGGAGCUGGAGGAGAAGCUGCAGAAGAGGCGGGCACUGGAGCACUGACACCGGGGGGCCACU